GCGAGGGGACAGACAAGGGCUUGCGGUGGUUGGGGAUUUACUGCCUGGAAUUACGGUGGAUCCGGGACCCACCCGCGCUCAGGGGAAGGAGCUUUCAGCAGUCGGUGUUUCUGCUCUGGCAGCUGGAACUAAGGCCAAGCUGACCUUGUUCUCACAGGGAGCUUUUUGACGUGCUUUAGUCGGUUAGUGACACCCAGCCCCUGUGCUCACAGCUGGGGAUGCUUCUUGGAAUCCUCCUAAAUAGUGGGUUCGUAGGGGCUGCCCCGGAGCAGCCCUGUUCCCUCUGGGCUCUGGUGGACAUGGUCCAUGUAAGAAAAUGGUGCAGAUGUCUGUCCUUCUGCCUGCCAACAACAGGGUUGUGUUCCCCAGAUUUGAGAUGUCUUGUGACCAGCAUCCUGACAGAACACAGGAAAUGUGGUGCUUGGUCAAACAAGUGUCAUGUGAGCUCUUCCUUCCAGAUGCCAAUCGAAAUGAUUAUUUUGGCGUGUGUUCAGAGCUGAUAAUCAAGGACAACGUUGUGGUGGUUUAUGAGGUGCUGGAGGAGAUGCUGGACAAUGGCUUUCCAUUGGCAACAGAGUCUAAUAUUCUUAAGGAACUGAUAAAACCUCCUACUAUCCUGCGGACAGUCGUCAACACCAUCACAGGAAGCACUAAUGUGGGUGACCAGCUUCCCACUGGGCAGCUCUCAGUGGUGCCCUGGAGACGGACUGGUGUAAAAUACACCAACAACGAGGCCUAUUUUGAUGUGAUUGAGGAGAUCGAUGCCAUCAUCGACAAAUCAGGUUCCACAAUUACUGCUGAAAUCCAGGGGGUGAUUGAUGCUUGUGUCAAGCUGACUGGGAUGCCAGACCUUACCCUCUCCUUUAUGAACCCUCGGCUGCUGGACGACGUCAGCUUCCACCCCUGCGUGCGGUUCAAGCGCUGGGAGUCGGAAAGGAUCCUCUCCUUCAUCCCACCUGAUGGGAAUUUUCGCCUGCUCUCCUACCAUGUCAGUGCUCAGAAUCUGGUGGCAAUUCCCGUCUACGUGAAGCACAACAUCAGUUUCCGGGACAGCAGCUCCCUGGGGCGCUUCGAGAUCACCGUGGGGCCCAAGCAGACCAUGGGCAAGACUGUGGAGGGAGUGAUGGUCACCAGCCAGAUGCCAAAGAGUGUGUUAAAUAUGACCCUGACACCCUCUCAGGGAACACAUGUCUUUGACCCCGUUACAAAGUUACUGUCGUGGGAUGUGGGGAAAAUAAACCCCCAGAAACUGCCAAGCCUGAAGGGCAGUGUGAGCCUGCAGGCUGGGACAUCGAAACCAGAUGAAAACCCCACCAUUAACCUGCAGUUUAAAAUCCAGCAGCUGGCUAUAUCUGGACUGAAGGUGAAUCGCUUGGACAUGUAUGGGGAGAAGUACAAGCCAUUCAAGGGGAUCAAAUACAUGACUAAGGCUGGCAAGUUCCAGGUCCGGACCUAGAGGAUCCUGGCAGCGAGGAAGAGCCCUUCUCCUUCUCCCCUGUCCCUGGCUGCUGGGUGCAGCCUCUUUCCCCAUCCAUCUGUUUAGGGUUGCUCCCUUGCCUGUAGUAGCAUGAGCAGGAAAGCAAGUGCUCAGACUGCUGGAAAGCAGGGGAAAGUAAGGUUGGCCUGAAACCACCUCAUCUCUAGCUGAGUCCUGAAGUCUUUGGAAUAAUAGCGGAUGGGAGAAGUGUUUGGGUCCCUUGGGAUUAGUGAGUCAGCUGUUUAAGCUUCUAUCACCUUCAUUUUGCUGUCUUAGAGGAAAUUCCAGGUAUUUAUUGCCUUUUGUAUCUCCUCUUCCUUGUAUUUUGGUUGGCUUUUAUCCCUUUGUAGAUGAUCCGAAGUUGAAUUUCCACAAACUUCAGCUCCAGUGUGAGGAUCAGCACCUGCCCUUCUCCCUCACUGUGUGUCAGGAUGCAGAGCUGUUCUUGGCAGCAGGGAAAUCAUCUUGCCUUUCUGCCUCAGAGGGGCUGGAGAAAGUGGAAGGGUGGAUUGUUCCACCCAGGAUAGCUGGUUGAGAAGCCUGAGAUUGGGGAUGGUGCCACAGAGGGAGGAAGGGAAGAAGUGGAUGCUUCUUCUGGAUACUUCCUAAGCCAUCUUGGUCGUUAAGUAUCUUAAAUCUCUGAACACAGGCUUGAAAUGCAUUCAAAUCCUGUAACUGGUGUGUGGUGGCAUCUGUGUCAUUCUGCUUCUCUGGUUAUUUUAUCAGUAUUUGAAGGUAGGAAUUCUCCCAGCUGCUUUGGGGAAUCGGACGAGACAGGGAGGGGAAAUUUUGUGAGGACACAGCACUGAUGGAAAUUGCAGCCUUGAGUAAAUGAAGAUAAUCACUGUCCUAUAACUUGGUGGAACCUCUCUCUGCCACUGCUUGCCUAUUGCAGAUGAAGGCAAUUCUGGCUGUUCUCCUGCUCA